AUGAUGGCAGACAGCAAUGAGCCUCCCACCAAGAAGCUCAAGGUUUCUAUCUCCAGCUUCUCCCAACCUGUCAAGGUCGUUGUCGGCCGAAACUCGACCGAAUUCUACAUUCCCGAAGACCUCCUCUUUGCCGAUUCGGACUAUCUCAAGAUUCUCUAA